UCGUGGAUGCUGAGCAGAGCGCUUUGUUCUCCGCCCCCCCCCCCGUCACGGAGACGACUCUACUCCACGCCGCGCGUGUGCGCGUGUGCGUGCGUGCGUGUUUUUUUAAAUCUUUUUUUUUUCUUCCGCCGCCUCCUGCACAAAAUCUGCAAAAAAAAAGCCCGCAUCGUCUCAUUUGUAUUCCUUCCUCCCAGCAGAGGGCUCGGAAUUAAAGGCCCGCCGGGUCCCUGCAACAGGUCGACGAGGAGCCGGUGCACGUAGAGGCGCUCGCGGAGGAGCGUGAUGUGAAUGAGGCGGACGGAGGAGACGCACGGACCGCAGAGGAGGAGGAGGAGGAGGGGGAGGAGAAGGAGGAGGCGUUAAUGGUUUCGGCUGCAGUCCGCGUGCCAACAUGAUGCCGAUGUUCCUCACCGUGUACCUCAGCAACAACGACCAGCACUUCAGCGAGGUUCCCAUCAUGCCGGAGACGCUGUGCAGAGACGUGGUGGAGCUCUGCAAGGAGCCCGGCGAGGCCGACUGCUACCUGGCCGAGGCGUGGAGAGGCUCAGAACACGUCGUGGGAGAAGGGGAGCGGAUGGUGGAGGUGUUGCAGCGGUGGGGGCAGCAGGGGGGGGAGGUUCGCUACCUCCUGCGUCACCAGAGGGCUCCGGCAAGAGAGUCGGGUGGAUCCAGAGCCGCAGAUCACAUGACAAGGAGGAACCAGGCGAAAGCUUCUGUGGAGAGAUGCCUGGAGAACGGGGUCUCGGAUCCUCGUCUGGACGUGACGCUGAGCGACCUGCAGGACCUGGCGACCCGACAGCAGCAGCAGAUCAACGCGCAGCAGCAGCUGCUGGCCUCCAAGGAGCAGCGUCUGCGCUUCCUGAAGCUGCAGGACCAGCGGCAGCAGGAGCCGUCGGAGGAGGAGCGUCUGCAGCAGCUCAGGGAGAACGCGCACAACCAGGAGGCCAAGCUGAGACGGGUCCGGGCCCUCAGGGGCCAGGUGGAGCAGAAACGACUCAGCAACAGCAAGCUAGUGGAGGAGAUCGAGCAGAUGACCGGUCUGUUCCAGCAGAAGCAGCGAGAGCUGCUGGUCGCCGUGUCCAGGGUGGAGGAGCUGAGCGACCAGCUGGAGGAGCUGAGGAGCAACAGACUGGAGGCUCCUCUUCCUCCUCCUCCUCCGCCCCUCCAUCUUCAACACAACACCUCCUCCGCGGCUGAGCUGGAGCGCCUGUACAAGGAGCUGCAGUUGAGGAACAAGCAGAACCAGGACCAGAGCAGCCGGCUGCAGCAGCAGAGGGACAGCCUGAGCAAGAGGAACCUGGAGGUGGCCUCCAUGGACCGGCGGCUCGUGGAGCUCCGCCAGCGGCUCUGGAAGAAGAAGGCGGCGCUGCAGCAGAAGGAGAACCCGCCGGCGGCCCCAGACGGAGUGGCCCCCCAGCCCGGCGCGGGCUCCCGGGUGGCGGCGGUGGGGCCCUACAUCCAGUCGUCGCCCACCACGAGCUCCCAGGGGCCUCCGGUGCCGGCUCGCCACGAGGUCCUGGUGAAGCCGGCGUACCCGGACGGCACCGCCACGCUGCCGAUGCCCGACUCGUCCCCGAAGCCGCCUCCCAGACCCGUGAAACCCGCCUCAGGUUUUUCCUCAUCAAAAACAAGCAAAAUCUCCGACUGGAGCGGCCCGUUUCCUGAGUCCGGGGGCGGUUGCAGCAACGCCUCCACCCUGCCUCGCAUGUCCGGCCUCGGCCGCCACUGCUCAGACGGCAAGACAGAUAAGAAGGCCCUCUCCGGGUCCGACAUCCCGCCCCCUGUCCCUUCACGGACCAAUCACACCACUGAGAACCUGCCCAGGGACAAUCAGGCUUCCGGUAAAGGUCCCAAGAUGAUGGCGGCGCCGCCUCCGGUCCCCAGUAAGCCCAAAUCCGGCCCGCCGACCUUCUCCAAGCCGCCCUACAGCACCGGGACCUUCCCCGGGAAGGUGCGGCCCGUCGGGGGCCACCUCAAGGCCCCGGGGGCCCUCUCCAGCCACUGCCACACCCUCCCUCUGCCCAGCAAGCAGGAGAGUCCGCCGGCCGCCGCCGUGCGGCCGUACACCCCCGAGCUCUCGGAGGCCCCCCCCGCCGCCGCCGCCGUGCUGCAGAAGCCUCAGCGGGUGGCGGCGUCGUCCAUCUACUCCAUGUACACGCAGCAGGGGAAGGGCUACGUGGGCCAGGGCACGCUGCCCCGCAGCCAGCCCAGAGUGUACGGGAAACCAGUGCUCCCGGCCAGCGGGGGCCCGCAGGGCGCCGCCUCGGACGCCGGCGGCCCCGGGUCUUGCGCGUCAGACGGCGGCGAGGCUGACCCCGGUUGCCGGGGCAACGGCGAAGGCGUCGGGGCAGAGGCGGCGGAGCGAGGCAACCCGCGCCCCCUGAGCCCCACCAAGCUCCUCCCCUUCCUGUCCAACCCCCACAGGAACCCCAGCGACGCCGACCUGGAGGCCCUGCGGCGCCGGCUGCACCACGCGCCGCGGCCCCUGAAGAAACGCAGCUCCAUCACGGAGCCCGAGGGCCCGGCGGGUCCCAACAUCCAGAAGCUGCUCUACCAGAAAACCACGCUGGCUGCCAUGGAAACCAUCCCCAUGGAAACCGUCCCCGCGGAGACGCUCAGCCCGGCGAGGGCGGCGUGCGCCCAGCCUCGCGAGGACGCGGGCACCGGCGGUGCGGAUGUGAUGUUCCGAGCCGGUGACCGCCCGCCGAUGGCCAAGGCCCCGCCCCCUCUGCCCCCCCGCGCACCCGUCCCUGACCCCGCCCCAUGCCGCUCGCUGCCCCCCCCUCUGGAGGUCAGGGAGGAGGAGGAGGUUUGUCCGCCCGCCUCGGGCCGCCUGGACUAUUUCGCCGACGAGUUCCCGCCCUACCCGCCCCCACCUUACCCCACCUGUGAGGAGGCGGAGCAGGGCGAGGACUCGCCCAACCUGCAGCCGCCGGAGGUCACGGGCCAGGUGGCGGUGCCCCCGGGUAAGAGGUCGAUCCUCCGGAAGGCCGACUCGGAGCGGAUCGACCGCAGCAUCCGGGUCAAGUUCAACCCUCUGGCCCUGCUGCUGGACUCGUCUCUGGAGGGCGAGUACGACCUCGUCCAGAGGGUCAUCUACGACGUGGACGACCCGAGCUCGCCCAACGACGAGGGCAUCACGGCGCUGCACAACGCCGUCUGCGCCGGCCACACGGAGAUCGUCAAGUUUCUGGUGCAGUUCGGGGUCAACGCCAACGCCGCCGACAGCGACGGCUGGACGCCGCUCCACUGCGCCGCCUCCUGCAACAACGUCCAGGUCUGCAAGUUCCUGGUGGAGUCGGGGGCGGCGGUGUUCGCCACCACGUACAGCGACAUGCAGACGGCCGCCGACAAGUGUGAGGAGAUGGAGGACGGCUUCGCCCAGUGCUCCCAGUUCCUCUACGGCGUCCAGGAGAAGAUGGGCGUGAUGAACCGCGGCGUGGUCUACGCGCUGUGGGACUACGAGCCGCAGCGGGACGACGAGCUCGGCUUCAGCGAGGGCGACUGCAUGACGGUGCUGCGGCGCGACGACGAGGCGGAGACGGAGUGGUGGUGGGCCAGAUGUGCCGACAGCGAGGGCUACAUCCCCCGCAACCUGCUGGGGCUGUAUCUGAGGAUCAAGCCGCGGCAGAGGAGCCUGGCUUAAGGCCGGUAACCCCCCCCACCCCCACCCCCCCGGACUCCAGCAGGAGAGACGUUUCACCGCUGUUGGACCUGUUUGGUUUUCCGACCUCAGCACAAAGAAUGUCCUCGAGCAGCUCCUUGUCGUUGCCGGGGCGACGGGGGGAGAAAGGAUGCUUCAUCGGAUCAAUCAGUCCGGUUUCUUACUUCCUUUGAGAGCCUCCGACAGAAAGGCCACAAACUAAAUGUGACUCUUGCUUCAUGCUGUAAUUCUUUUUUCUUUUUUAAUGUAUUUUAUUUUUAUUUAAGAGAAUUGCUACAGUUGGCAUAAAGACAGAAAAGACAAAGUCCCACAGUUCGCUUGGUUUAGUCUCUCAUGGAAUCAAAAAAGUUAUUUAAGAAAUCUUUUACUUUGAAAGGGUGUUGACCCCAAAAUCCACAAGUUUUCUUUCCUACUUACAAGAUAAUAACUAAAGUGUUUGAUUUGUAGCCAAUGUGCUCGACUGUCACAGUUUACUCUGAAUACUUUGAUUCUACUCGAUGGAUCUAUUUGUUCUUGAAAAGCACUUCUUUCAGAGCACGAGGCGGUUUGGAUCUGUUUCUUUAUUGUUCUUAUAAAGGUUUAAAAAGUCCCUGUUCUGCUUCAGCACAGAGUUUGUGUCAUGUUUUUUAAAAGAUAAAGAGAAUCUCCAGCAUCAAAUGUUACUAACCUUUCAUCCGUCUUUUUUUGUUGAGGACUUAAAUACAAACUCCUCAAAAUGUUCUUAGUAUUUUUUUUAUAAAUUUGACAUUUUCCAAUAUGAGCCUGAUCAGUUCAAAUUGACUCCAAAGACUCCAAAGAGGAGGCAAGUCGUGUCUUUUUAUUAUUUUUCUUAUUGAUCCAAUUUCCACCUUCUUCUUGUCUUUGUGCUAAGCUAAGCUAAGCUAAGAUAAGCUAAGCUACUUCCUGGACCUCCCUCUCGGUUCCACAGAUAAACAAACUGAUUUCUUCAUCUUUCACUGACAAAGACUGAGAACAACACAAUUAUCUUUCUUUAAAAAAAUAAUAAAAACAGUUCAAACUAA